AUGGCCCCCCAGCUCCUCACACUCCCGAACGAAAUCCUAGACGAAGCAAUCCGCCAUUUAACUCCCGAGUUCGCCACCGACGCCGAAUUUGCAUCUCACAAGGUCUGGCGAUCUAGUCCUCACCAAAAUGACUUAUGCAAUCUCAUGCUCACCUGUAAACGCCUUUCUGCCAUCGUCCGACCUUACUUAUAUUCCACCGUAGUCUUGGAUUAUCACACGAACAUGACACAUCUCCUCCGAACAUUAAUCGAAAACCCCGACUUCCGCGGAUUAAUCCGGACGUUAUCGAUUCACUGUCCUUUAACUUUUUGCGAUUCGAUCGUGGAUCCGUAUUCUCCGCGAGAAACGUUUUUGGACGAUAAUCCUGAGUUGAAGAGGAAGUUGAAUAUGAAAUGGGAUACGGAUGAGAUGGAUGAUUUUGGUGGGAAGGUUUUUAGAGCUGUCGGACUUGAUGCUCAUCAGUUCAAGGAGUUCACGGAGGAUGAAAUCGAGUCUUUAAAUGAUAAUACUUAUUGGCUGGCAGUACCGACGUAUUCGGAACGGAUUGGAUAUGAGAAUGCCAUAAUGCAGGGAAUGGCUUUAGCGUUAAUUGCUUUGUCGGUACGGGUGGAAAGACUCUGUUUAUGGAGAUUUUAUGAUUCGGGGAACAUGUGUGAUUUUGAGCGUGGAGUCAGGACUCUUGUGGACUCUGAGAUGCUAAGGGAUAAGAUCUUGACGGGACUGAAGAGGUUGGAGAUAUUGGGUUACAGUGGAUCAAGUAUUGAGGAUCACUUUGAUCAGUUGCUUGAACUCCCAGCCGUUAAAGAACUCGUUGAGAAUGGGGAGUAUCAAUAUGAGGAGGACGAUGAUACAGAGUUUUGGGCAGUGAAGGCGCAGUAG